AGAAAUAAAUGGCAGUGAGUGUGAACGUGUGUUAAGAAAAGAGGAAGUCUCAGGGGAAUUAGAAGCCAGCACUGUGGAUUCUCUGACAGACAUGCCAUUUGCUACUGUAGAUCUUCAAGAUGACUGUGGAAUCAUGGACGGACCUCAGAUCCAUUCAAAGAGAGGCAAAGAAAAGGAAGUCAUGAAGAAUGAGUGCAUAAAGAAGAGGAAAAAAACCCCCAAAGAUUAUCAACCCAACUAUUUCUUGUCUGUUCCGAUCACCAACAAAAAGAUCACAGCUGGAAUUAAGGUCUUGCAAGACACGAUACUACAACAGGAUAAGCGACUGGCCAAAGCCAUGGUUGGUGAUGGUUCCUUUCAUAUCACCUUGCUAGUGAUGCAGUUAUUAAAUGAAGAUGAAGUAAACAUUGGUACUGAUGCGCUUUUGGAAUUGAAGCCAUUCGUUGAGGAAAUCCUUCAAGGGAGGAACUUGACUUUGCCCUUCCAAGGGAUCGACACUUUCCGCAGUCAGGUUGGCUUUGUGAAGCUGGCGGAUGGAGAUCACAUCAACACACUUACGGAGAUAGCAGAGACAGCAAAAAGAACAUUUCAAGAAAAAGGCAUCCUGGCAGGAGAAAGCAGAAGUUUUAAGCCUCACUUGACCUUUAUGAAACUGUCAAAGGCACCAAUGCUCUGGAAGAAGGGAGUGAAAAAAAUAGAGCCUGAACUGUAUGAGCAGUUUAUCAACCACAGAUUUGGAGAAGAAGUACUGGACCGGAUAGACCUCUGCUCCAUGCUGAAGAAAAAACAAAGCCAUGGUUAUUACCACUGUGAGUCUUCGAUUGUGAUUGGCAAGAAACCAGUUGGGAGUCAAGACUUAAUUAAUGAAGCGUUGCACCGAGAAAGGAUGGAGCUGAAGGCCAAAGUGAAACAGAUAAAGGAACUUUUGCUAAAGCCUGAGACUCAGGCCAUGAUUAGGAAGGAGCUUUUUGAAGGAAGAGUUCUUAGCGACGAUGAUCACAUAGGGAUGCUGAUUCCCGCGUGACUUGGCUGUAGCUCUCCACUGCUGUGAGGACGGUGUAGAGUUUACAAACUCUCAGCCCCGGUCCACAGCCCUUUGGUAAAUAACCAGAGUGUUCUUACCGUUUCUACAAAGCCCACGAACCAACACUUGGUGAGGAACUAACAACUUCUUGCCAAAGAAAACAUAUUUUUGCCUUAUCAUCAUCAUCAUCAUCGGCUAAAGUUGAGUUUUAGAAUGUUUAUUUGGGUGUUGUUGACUCAUUUUAUAGAAAUAACUUCUUAAUUAGCUGUUGUGAGAUGUUCCAUGGGUCCUUGCAGAUAAAAAAACAGAACGUUGACUAUGAAAAAUCCUUUGUAGACAAAAACAACAGAACUAAGUAAAACCAACAACAGUAUUCUAAGGGUCGCCUGCCUCCUGUUGAUAAGGCCCUUUUUACUUCAAAAGACAAUGUCCGGGCUUGUCCAGUCUCACAUUACUUUUGAUGAGAUUUUGAAUGCUUAUUGAGUAUCAGUACUUGAAUGAACAUUUGUAAAUGUAAUCAUUGCAGUCACUGGUUAAGAAUGUUUUAUAAUAUCCACGUAUAUUAUUUUUCAUUGAUGAAAAUGCAGUUGGCUUUUUCAUUUCUUAGUGAACAAAUGUCCAGUGUUUUUUAUUUCCUACUUCUCCGAAGACGAGCCCCAAGCCUCCCUGUGUUCUUCACAAUUUGAAUAGUUUGUACUAGUUCAUUUUUUAAAAGAUCAUUCUUAAAAUGUUUCUCCCCAUGUGAUGUUUAUUUGUAACAGCUUUUUUCAAUAGUAAUUUUAAAAUUGCUGCUACUAAUAGAUGGUGGGGGAAGGAAAUGAUUAGAGAUCAGAUAUGUAUAAUCAUCUCACUUAUACGAUCCAGUUUGCUCGUGGAUUUUGCCUAUUUUUUUCACUGGAUAAAUGAUACAACAUUAAUUCAUAAUGUAAUGAUGUAGGGGUUCCUACAUUUUCAUGCCUCUUAAUAAACGUACUGUUUCCCUGUU